UGUCCGCAAGAUGGUUGGGUUUACCUCGGCAACUUCGGUUACCUCAUCAUCGACAUUCCAACCAUGAAAUGGAGCGAUGCUCGACGAACUUGUCAGAUGCUUGGAGGAGACCUCGCUAUAAUAAAAUCAGCUGCUGAGAAUAACUUCGCACUCACCUUGCUCAGAAAACAGAAAACCAUCACCUCAUUGGGAGUGUGGCUUGGUUUGGUCCGCAAGGCGGACAACAAGUUGUACUGGAUUGAUGACACUCCAGUGGCAAAAGGUUACACGGCUUGGUUAAGCGGCCAGCCAGACAAUUCUGGUGGGAUUGAAAAGUGUGGAAACAUGUAUGGCUUAGCAGAUAAAGGCAAGUGGAACGACGCACGUUGCGAUUUCGAUCCGGCAACGGCUUGGAGCUACGCCCCAGUUAUCCUUUGCAAAAAGCAAAUUAGGUGA